AUCCAGCAUGAAGGAAGGGUAAGGAAUGACUGGGAAGCCAUUUUAGCCGCAACACCAAGCCAAGAAACAGAGCGACGCAUCUCUAUAAAUCCAUGGAACAAACUGAGAGUUACAUCGUACAAAGCAGAUAAAUCUCUCGCAGAUCUUUUCUUCUGUGAGCAGAGGCGGAUUUGAUAUAGCAUCGUUGUUGAUGGAUAGCAUCAGAGGACAGCCCAAACAAGUGAUUUUCCAGGAUAUAUCGCCCCUGACCGAACAUACUGAAACUGUCGAGAGUCAUGUUCUCCGUGUUCAUCUUCCAGAUUUCAGUUCUAAAGACAUCAGGGUCCGGAUCGACAAGAACUCCACGAAGCUGUUGGUGUGGUGCAGGAAGCCUCUGGCUCAAACCACCAUCGCCCGAGUCGAGUUAGAACUUGACGUUCCUAAGGAUGCAGACGUCGGACAAAUCAGAUGGGGUUUUGAACAAGGAUGGCUGUCACUGUCCAUGCCGAAGAAGAGGAUUACGCAGGAUCCUGAUAGGAAAGAGGAGGAAGAAAUGCCAAAGGAGAAGGCAGAGAAUGGAGAAACGAAGAAGGCAGAGAGCGGAGAAAGGAAGAAGGAAGAAAAACUCACCCCGAAAGAGAAGGCAGAGAGCGGAGAAAGCAAGAAGAAAGAAGAGCCCAUGCCAAAAGAUGAGCAGAAGAAAAGCAAAGAAGAAGAAGAAGAAGGCAUGCCCAAGGAACCAGACUCGCCGAAGGAAAAGAUUGAGAAAGAUAAAACAGAGGAGAAGGCAAAAGAAGGAAGCUUGCCAGAGGACAAACCUACUGUUGGUGCCGACAACAGGGAGCAGGAACGUAAGAAGCAAUUGGACAAGGCAAAGAGUAAAAAUGACACUAUAGAAGAAGUAGCACCUUCCAUGUACGGAGAGAAGCCAAAGGCUUGCAGAAAGAGAGAGAGAGGAGAAGGAAGGUGGGAAGGUGCGAAUUGGAGGAACAAAAUUGAGGAGAUAGAAGAGUACUGGCUUGACGGUGGACUGGUGGAUAAGUUGAUGAAGAGCUUUGAGAGUAAGAAGAAGCUGAUCUAUGCAGCAGCUGUUGGCUUCUCAGUGGGCUUCUUUGUGGCUCAGAAGCUGAGGUCAAGAAGCACAUGAAGGGAGGCCUUCAUGCCAUGCAGUGCCAAAUGUAUAAUUAAUUCAUUAUGAUUGCAUAAUUCAAAUAA